GCAAGACAUGACGUCAUGUCUGUGAGAUUUAGACGCCCCGCCCUCUGCCUUUCCUCUCCAUUUUAUUCCCAACAUACAACGCGGCAGCUUCCAGGCUUAUAGCAAGAUGGCGGACAGACCAGUGCCCUUGGCUGAGAAGAGGCUCAUGGAUGUGAAGCUCGGUCAGCUCCCAUCCUGGCUCGGUACACGCGACUUCACCCCCAACGGCCUGCUCGGGUCUGUUCGCAAAGGCUACGAAAGAUAUUACAACAAGUACAUAAAUGUGAAGAAGGGAGGCUUUGGUGGUGUAGCCAUGAUCCUGGCUGGUUAUGUUGUACUGAGCUACAUUUGGGAAUAUGAUCAUAUUAAGCAUGACCGCUGGAGAAAGCACCACUGAAGCAGCCUGGACCUCACAGACCACCGAGUCUCUGGAGCUGAGUGUGAUCAACACACCUUUCUUUCAUGGAUGAUGUUGUGUAUAAAUUUAUUUGUGCCCAAGAAAUAAACUAAAAUUAAGUAA